AGUACCUAGAGACAAGGACGGGCCCUUGAAUGCUGGGGACAGCCAUUAAGGGGGACAACUGGGGAGAUUUGUCAGGCCACCAUGAGUCGGGGGUCCAAAAGUAAAUCGGAGAGCGUCCACAGUUCUCUGCUGAGCCCCAAGGAGAACACGAUGAUGGAGGACCUGCUGGGCAGAAGAUGUACUUCUAUGGCCACGGCGGUGGUGCAGCUCGUCAUGGCUCUGCCUCACAGCCCAUCCAUUUGGAGCCUGCAGCACGUUGGGGUGGUCUGCUUUGUCAAAGACAACCCUCAGCGCUCCUACUUCAUACGAAUGUUUGACUUGAAGACAGUAAAGCUCGUGUGGGAACAGGAGAUUUAUAACCAAAUCGUUUACUGCACUUCUCGGCCUUUCUUCCACACUUUUACUUCAGAAGAUUGUCAAGUUGGCCUCAACUUUGCCGAUGCUGGAGAAGCCGAAGCCUUCCGGAAGGUUGUGGAAGAGAAGAUUAACCAAAGAAGCAACCGCCAAGAGAAGAAACAGCCCCCCCUGGCGUCCAAUGAAAGAGGUGUUCUACCACAUGGCAAAGGAUCUGGCCUCCCUGGUUCUCCCUCCAUGGCCACCAUGGACAUCCAGAACCCUGAUAUCCAGGCCUCGCGUUACCGCUCCAUGCCUUCACCCAUAGCUUCCUUAUCUAUGAGCAGCAAAGGGAAGAAAGACAAGAAGAAUAAGAAGAAAGGCUCCAAGCUCACCAAAGCAGACAUAGGGGCUCCCAGCGGGUUCAAACAUGUAACUCAUGUCGGCUGGGACCCCAACAACCUAGACCCUGACCUGCUGAAGCUGCUGUCCUGUGCUGGGAUCUCCGAGGCCGAGAUGAAGGAUGAAGAAACCUCCAAGCUCAUCUACGACAUCAUUGAACAGUCUGGAGGCAUGGAGGCUGUGAAAAAGGAGGUGAACAAAGGAGCUGCUGCCCCUCCACCGCCUCCAUCUGGCCGACAAGGUCCUCUCCCCCCGAUCCCCAGCCACGCGUCCUCCCCCACCCCGGCACCUCCUCCCUCACGUGGCCGCUCUGGCCCCCUGCCCCCUCUCCCAGGUCAGCGAGGACCCCCUCCACAGCCUCCCCCGGUCCGUGGAGGUCGGAGUGGUCCUCCGGCGCCCCCACCGCACUUUGGAUCACCUCAGCCCCCGUCGUCUCGGUCCUCCCAAUUACCUCCACCCCCACCUCCCAUAUCCUCUCACACCUCUACUCUUCCUCCUCCACCUCCCUCCGGUACCCAACCCCCUGCAGCCACCCCGCCUCCUCCAGCCCCAUCCAUGCCCAACAGAGGAGGGCCCGCGCCACCGCCUCCUCCCCCACCACCCCCACCACCCUCCUCGGACUUCCCUCCUCCUCCUCCUCCUUCUUCAGUCGGCAGAGCAUCUCCAGCUCCUGCGCCCCCGAGAGGUGAAGACUCCAGAGGUGCCCUGCUGGAUCAGAUCCGCCUCGGGAAGAAGCUCAGAAAUGUGACAGAGUGUUCUGAUCCAUGUCCGCCACCAUCGGCAGAAUCAGGCGAGGGCAUCGUGGGAGCUCUGAUGAUGGUCAUGCAGAAGAGGAGUAAAGUCAUCCACUCCUCCGGUAAUUUACAUGACCGGGACGGAGCGCUGCUCCUCCUCCUCCUCCUCCUCCUCCUCCUCAGUAGAGCCUCGUGUUUUGAAAACGUUAACGAGCACACCUGCAAACGUGCAAAGCCUCACAGCUCUGUGUCCGUCCUCUGUUUCAGAUGAAGAUGAAGAGGAGGGCGGGGACGAUGAAGAGGACGAUGACGAAUGGGACGACUGAUGCCAGGAAGUUCUUGCUUGCGUGUGUGGAGAGUUGUUUGUGCUUAGUCAUAAGUGUGUUGUUUGAACCGUCUCAGGGUUUUUACUGGCUGCAGACUGAAGUGUGACUUGCACUUCAUUCAGACUGUGUGAGAUUUUGCCCCUUUUCCACUACAUGGUACCGGCUCGGCUCGGCUCGAUUCUUGUCGUUUUUCAUUACCGUAACAGUACCCCCUGGAUUUUCGGCUCCCCCCCACCAUUUUCAAAUGUACUUUUAAGAUAACUCCGCUAUGGCGGGUGAUGUCGGGUUCAUCCGCCUUGCUAGCUGCUUGGGUGGAACUAGGACGUUUCUUUUAGGUUGUUCUUUGGAUGGCGUAUUUGGGCAAGAGUCACAUUCGUUCCCGUUUUUAGUUUUGCAAGGAUACGAGAGGGCCUCGCUGAUUGUUGUCGUUUCUUUAGCAGGCUCGUGUCCAUUUUCUGAGGGUCAGCUGUGGCCGACAUGAUUACGCUCGUCGAGGCAGUUGCUAGCUAGCUAACGUGACAGCAACCUGCCGCUAGCUAGCUAACAGCAACCUGCCGCUAGCUAACGUGACAGCAACCUGCCGCUAGCUAGCUAGCUAACAGCAACCUGCCGCUAGCUAACGUGACAGCGAAUACAGGGCGGGUUGCCGCAGCGCCGUGACUGACGCUAGCCCUUCUUUUGUCCAAAGUUGUCUCGCCGGGGAAUUGAGCACAGAAAGCACGCUGACUUCCCUCCCAAACAUAAAAGUAUAAUUCAACAUUAAACAUGUUUAUGAGGCGCAGCUGUAAUCGAUCUUACUUUUGUGAGAAAAGCCCAAAACCGCUCCUCAGCGAGAAAAGGUCCAGCCUCUCCUGGCGCCGCCGCUCCUGGCGCGCACUGAUGACGCAGCGACGCGUUUCUCUGACCAAUCAGAGGUCUGCAUUGAUUUUGGCACCGCUCCAGUUUUUGUUUUUUGGGGGGGGGCUCAAUAAAGGUGGUACCAGGAAAGUGGUACCAGUUACCAACUUGCCGGCUCUAAUGGAAAAGGGAAAAA